AUGGCGCCCAAAAGAGGAAGAAGAGCAAAAGGUGCUCAGGGUGAUCAAAGUGCAAAGGGAGGUGAUGCUGAAGCAAAAGAUGCCGUAACUUGUUUGACGGAGCUCUUUGCUGUUGCUCACCCAUUUCCUGAUCCACUAAAGGAUGAAGAGCUAAUCCCGGCUGAAGAUGUGGGAUUGGAGCAAGAUCUUCUACUCAAUCUCACCAAUCCGAGAUCAUGGAAUGCAUAUCUCGAACACAUAGUCACAUCCAAUCGACCAUCAGAGCGAGAAGUCUUUUUCAGAGAUGCAGAUACGCAUUUAUCAGAAGCACAAGUCAAGCUGUUAGGACCACUCGCCUCAGGUUCAAAUCGAUUAGGCCUACGACGAAUCACAUUUGCGUACGAAAGGGCGAUCAAUGCAUUUCCAACAAACUAUAAUCUUUGGAAAGACUAUUUGUUGCUACGGAUGCGAUAUGUUUUGGGCGAUCCACAUGGCGGCAUGGACGGAUUCUGGAAAAAGCAAAUUCGAUUGGGAAAAGAGAAAUUAGAUGCUGGUCCUACAUUGCUGGAUGGAAAAGAUCAAGGACAAGAAGAAUGGCAGUGGGGCUUAGCAACUGGUGCACUGGAGCCUUUGGACGGUCGGAUAGGGUACAAAGAAUGGCAUGACCUUGCCGCCGUCUUUGAACGUGCACUGAUGCAUUUACCGACGUUGCCCAGGAUAUGGCAAUUAUACUUCACCGUGCUUAUGCAUCCAUCGUGUCCGCCUACGCUUUCUUUCACGCACACAAGGAGGACAUUCGAUCGAGCACUUAGGACUCUGCCACCUUCUCUACAUCUACGAGUAUGGAAGUACUAUCUUCGAUGGGCAGAAACAAGAGGAUCGGAAACAUGCAUUCGGGUGUGGAGACGGUAUUUGCGAGUCGAUCCAAGUUUGACCGAGAGGUAUGUGCAGAUAUUAGAAAGAUUGAGGGAAGAGGAGGACGACAAUGAAGACGAAGAAGAGGAAGCAGAUGAAAAGCGGGUGAUCAUCAAAGAGCAACGUGCAAGAGAGGCUGUCAAGUUACUGCUUGGACUGGCAAGGGAUGCACUGGAGGGGAAAUACAUUUCUCCAGAGGGUAAGAGCUCCUACCAACUUCUGAUAGAAUGGCUAAGCCUUUGCGAAAAGUACGCCGAUGAAGUUGGACUUGACCCAAACGAAGAUCAGCAAGCGGGCACCAAGAAAUUGGCAGACUCCGCAGAUCUAUUUGAGCCUCUGUCAACGGCAAAAUUGCCUGUCGCUCACAUUGUGCGAACAUUGGGACUAGAUAGAUUCCCUGAUCAAGCAGGGCGGCUUUGGACAGGCUUGGCUACAUACUGGAUUAGAAGAGGUGAUUUGGAUGCUGCCAAAUCGACGUUUGAAGAAGGAAUGAGAAAGGUCAUGACCGUUCGUGAUUUUACACAAAUAUUUGAUGCAUACGCUGAAACAAGUGAGAAUAUCAUUGGCUUUAUGAUGGAUGAGCUAGGGCAAGAAGAAGAGGAAGGAGACGAAGAUAAUGAUCAGGAAGAGAAAGAAGCCGAUCUGGACAAAAGAAUGAAAGACUUUGAAGAGCUGAUGGAGCGAAGGCCUUUCCUUGUGAAUGACGUCAUGAUUCGUCGAAACCCGAAUGAUGUCCAAGAAUGGGAAAAACGUGCAUCACUGUUCGGCGAAGAUGACGCAAAGGUCGUCGAAACGUACGAUGAAGCAAUUGCGACGAUCAACCCACGCAAAGCCACAGCAAACCUACAUCAACUCUUUGUCAACUUUGCUAGAUUCUAUGAAGAACGAGGAAAUAUCGAUUCUGCUCGUAAGAUCAUGGAGAAGGCAACUACUGUUCCGUUCACGAAAGUGGACGAUCUAGCUGAGGUAUGGUGCGAAUGGGCGGAACUGGAAGUACGUAAUGGCAACUUUGAUGGAUCCCUACGGAUCAUGUCUCGGGCAACAGCUGCUCCAAAGACGGGAGCUGCGAUCAAAGCAGUCAGCUUCCUGGAUGACAGUUUGUCAGCGCAAAAGCGUUUGUUCAAGAGUAGCAAGCUGUGGACAUUUUAUAUCGAUUUAGAAGAGAGUAUUGGCUCUGUCGAGAGUGCAAGACAAACAUACGAUCGUAUGAUCGAGCUCAAGAUUGCCACACCUCAAGUGAUUGUCAACUAUGCCGUAUUCUUGGAAGACCGCAAGUACUUCGAAGAAGCAUUCCGUGUUUACGAACGAGGUGUAGAGGCAUUUACCUAUCCGGUCGUUUUUGAGAUUUGGAACAUCUAUCUGUCGAAGUUCAUCAAUCGAUUUGGUGCAAGUAAGCUUGAACGUGCCCGCGAUAUGUUUGAACAAGCGUUGGAAAAGUGUCCCGACAAGUACUGUCGUCCACUAUUCUUGAUGUACGGAAAGCUAGAAGAGGAUUAUGGAUUGGCAAAAAGGGCAAUGUCCAUCUACGAACGUGCAACAGAACGUGUUUUACCUCAAGACAAGUUCAACAUGUACGUCUUCUAUAUUGCUAAAGUGGCCGCCAACUUCGGUCUUGCUGCCACUAGACCGGUAUACGAACGAGCAAUUGAGACUCUACCAGAUCGUCAAACUGCAGAUAUGUGCGUUCGUUUCGCACAAUUGGAACGCAAGCUCGGCGAAAUCGAUCGAGCUCGUGCAUUGUAUGCACAUGCAAGCCAGUUCUGUGAUCCUCGAACGCAAAAAGAGUUUUGGGCGCAAUGGAACGCUUUCGAAAUCGAACAUGGAUCCGAAGAUACGUUCAGAGAGAUGUUACGAAUCAGAAGAUCUGUUCAAGCUCAAUUCAAUACAGACACGUCGUACAUUGCUGCUUAUGCAACUGCACAACAACGUGCGAAUGAAGCGAAUGCAACGCAACCACCAAUUUCACAAGAUCCAAUGGCACAAGCAGAACAAGAAGCUGCAAACGCUCGUACAUUCACUUCAACAGCACCAAUGUUUGUUGCUGCAAAGCAGACUGGUAGUGCCGCUCAAGCUCCAGUAAACGGAGAAAAUGUAGGCGAUGGGGACGAUGAUAGCGAUUUAAUGUAA